CCCGCCCGGCCUGACCCCGGCCCCGGCCUGACCCGGAGUUCCGCGGCCUCGCUCCGGCCCGGCCCGGUCAGGAGCCUCCGGAGGGAGCGGCUCCGCCUGCCGAGAGCGCAGGCCCGGCCAUGACCGACUUUAAAUUGGGCAUCGUGCGGCUCGGCCGGGUGGCCGGAAAGGUAAGCGAAACCCUGCUUUCCAACAGACCUACUCUGCUUUAUGCUCCUCAGGCUCGAAUGGAAGUAGAUGCCGAUGGAAAUGGUGCUAAGAUAUUUGCAUAUGCCUUCGACAAAAACCGAGGAAGGGGCUCAGGCAGGCUUCUGCAUGAGCUACUGUGGGAACGACACAGGGGAGGUGUGGCUCCCGGGUUUCAGGUGGUACAUCUCAAUGCUGUGACUGUGGACAAUCGUCUGGACAACCUGCAGUUGGUACCAUGGGGCUGGCGACCCAAAGCUGAAGAGACCUCCAGCAAACAAAGGGAGCAAAGCUUAUACUGGCUUGCGAUCCAGCAGCUUCCCACAGACCCUAUAGAAGAACAGUUCCCUGUCCUGAAUGUGACCCGGUACUAUAAUGCCAAUGGAGAUGUGGUGGAAGAGGAAGAGAAUUCCUGUACCUACUAUGAGUGUCACUAUCCUCCUUGUACAGUGAUUGAGAAGCAGCUUCGGGAGUUCAAUAUCUGUGGGCGUUGCCAGGUGGCUCGAUAUUGUGGCUCUCAGUGCCAGCAGAAGGACUGGCCUGCCCACAAGAAGCACUGUCGGGAGAGGAAGCGUCCGUUUCAGCAUGAGCUUGAGCCUGAGCGAUGACGGGCUGAAGUGCUGCCACUGCUGCAGGUUCAAGGUUUCCAGCUCGUAAUGAGCACAGUGGAAGAUAGACUGGCAGUUGAACCUGGAGGUGCCAAAGAAGCCAGCAAUGGAUCCAGAGCAGCUGCCAUAAGACCUCACAGCAACAUGAAGCCUGUGGGGACAGUGCCCCUCCAGUGUUCACCCCUAGCAGAGACAACGGGAGGCUCCCUAGGACCUUUCUCAUUAUUUAUAUGUUAAUAUGUUUGUAAACUCAUGUACAGUUUUUUUGGGGGGAAAGUGAGGGGAGGGUUAGAAACUUCAAAUAGAAUCAUUUGUUGUAUUCCUCAAAUGGUAAACAGUCGACACUCGGCUAGAAACUGUCAUGUAGUCAAGCUUCUCCUGGGGUUGGGAAUCCACUAAGAGGCAUGCACAGAGUCAUGUCUAAACAGGCAGAGUAAAGGGGUAGAAUCAUCA